GAAGCGGCUGCUGGCUCGGAAGUUGCCGUGCUCUCCGCCAACGUCUAGACAACCUCCAGCACCUCAACGCCAGUUCAACACCACCUAUACUCUCCGCUCCGACACCAUGUCAGCCCUGCCGCGGUCAAUUGGCUCGCGGCUGCUCCCCUUAGUCGCCCGGCCCACAGUGCGGAGGGCAUUUGCACCUCAGAUCCGCCUUUACGCCGACCAAAACGCCUCGAAGAUCAGCGCGCAGAAUGCACCUGCAGAGAAGCCCGCGGACUCGGCCAUAGUCAGCCGGGAGGGCGCUGGGGAGAGUACACCGUCGCAUCAGCCAGACUAUGAUGUCUCCAUUGACUACCGGGUCUCGAACUUCUCCCCCAUCCCGAAACGAGUGAUGGAUGGUAGCGAGCCCGGUGAUAGUGUAGCCGCAGCUGUGUUAUCAGGUGCACCAGUAGACCUCCAAGCCCGAACAGUCCGCAUCUACCGCCCAACCAAAACCGCCACUCAAUCCGGCGACUGGCACUCGCACCACUGGGUCAUGGACUGGGACCCGCUCCCAAAGGGCCACCGAUGGGAGAACCCUCUGAUGGGGUGGCAGUCCUCGGCCGACUUCAUGCAGGGCUAUAGCGUGACCUUCAAAAGCAAAGAAGCCGCUGUCGCAUUUGCCAACAAGCAAGGCUACGAAUACUUUGUACAGGAGCCGAACGAGCGCAAGUUUGUGCCUAAGGCGUAUGCCAACAACUUUGUGCAUAGUCCGAAGAAGUUGAAGAUCAUCAGGACGAAAUGAGUGGCAGGAGGGAUUGAAUUAUUGUGUAUAUAUCGGAAUGGGUUCUCUUUUGUAGAGUAUA